UAUUUUUAUACUUGUAUCUGCCUUCACAUUUGUCACAAGAUUCCAAGUUCUCUCCUUAUAUAAACAUAGCCGUCACUUGUUUUGGCAAUUAAAAGAACCCCCUCUCUGUUUCUCUCUGCCUCUCCCCUGAGUUUUCCACUCACAUUACAACACAAAUGCUAAAAAUGAGUGGCUUGAGUUUCAGGUUCUUCUCAUACAUGCUUCUCAUUGUGCUUCUAAUUUGGUCUUCCAAUUUUGAAACCUGCAUUGCAAGAAGAGGCAAGCAUUGGAGGCAAAGCAGAACUGUCUCAGCUUCUCUGUUUAAGAAGAAAGGGAACAGUCAUGGCAAUAGUCACAAUCAACAUGGUGGAGGAGGAUCAUCAUCACAUUCAAAACCAAAGCCUCCUCCUCCAACACAUAAAAAAACUCCAUCAUCACCACUAUUUCCCAAGCCAAAAGUAGAUCCUCCAUCAACACCGCCGUCAAAUGAUUACAAUGGAGGGAGCUCAACCAUGUUCAAUGUGCUAGAUUUUGGAGCUAAGGGUGAUGGUAGAACUGAUGACACAAAGGCAUUCCAAGCCACAUGGGCAAUGGCAUGUAAGGUAGAGGCAUCAACCAUGGUGGUUCCAGCAGCUUACGUCUUCUAUGUGGGACCUAUUUCAUUCUCGGGUCCAUAUUGUAAACCCAACAUUGUUUUUCAGUUUGAUGGUACAAUUAUUGCUCCAACAAACUCCAAUGCUUGGGGUGGAGGGUUGCUACAGUGGCUUGAAUUCUCAAAGCUUGUGGGAAUUACCAUUCAAGGAAAAGGUGUCAUUGAUGGAAGAGGCUCUGUCUGGUGGCAAGAUUUCCCAUAUGAUGAUCCCAUAGAUGAUGAAGAAAAGCUUAUAGUUCCCCUAAAUCACACACAGAAGCCGUCACUGCCGGUACAAAAUGAGAUGGGAAGACAAAUGCCAGCAGUCAAACCAACUGCACUAAGGUUUUAUGGGAGUUUUAGUCCAACAGUGACAGGCAUAACAAUUCAAAACAGUCCUCAGUGCCAUCUCAAGUUUGAUAACUGCAAUGGGGUCCUGGUCCAUGAUGUGAGCAUUUCAUCUCCUGGUGACAGCCCUAACACUGAUGGAAUUCACCUUCAGAAUUCCAAAGAUGUGUUGAUCCACAGCAGCAAAAUGGCAUGUGGAGAUGACUGUAUUUCAAUACAAACUGGAUGCUCAAAUGUGUAUGUACACAAUGUCAACUGUGGUCCAGGGCAUGGAAUCAGCAUUGGAAGUUUAGGAAAGGAUAACACCAGAGCCUGUGUCUCAAACAUUACCAUCAGAGAUGUCAACAUGCACAACACAAUGAAUGGUGUCAGAAUCAAAACAUGGCAGGGUGGAUCAGGGUCUGUGCAGGGGGUACUAUUCUCAAACAUACAAGUUUCUGAAGUUCAGCUUCCGAUUGUGAUUGACCAGUUCUACUGUGACAAAAGAUCAUGCACAAACCACACAUCAGCAGUGGCAUUAGCAGGAAUCAACUAUGAAGGAAUAAAGGGGACUUACACGGUGAAGCCGGUGCAUUUUGCCUGCAGUGAUAGCUUGCCGUGUGUGGACGUUUCGUUGACCUCGGUUGAGUUAAAACCGGUUCAAGAACAAUACCACCUCUAUGAGCCAUUCUGCUGGCAGACUUAUGGCCAAUUAAUGACUCCCACAACCCCUCCAAUUGAUUGUAUACAGAUUGGGAAGCCAUCAAGCAACCGGAUUCAAACCAAUCAUGAUAUAUGUUAGAUUUUUAAUAUGAAUCUUAUGUGUUUGGAUUGGUGAUACUGGUGGAGACACAAUACGAAGCACGGUAGCCCUAGAAGCGAUUGUGUGACUUCCCAUCACAGAACCAAACACGCUAUUAGAUAUGUGUAAAUUGAUAUGGUUGUUAUCACCUGGUAAGGUGGAAGCAGUUUUAGAUAUCCCUUCACACUGUUAGCUAGUUAGAUGAAAGCAUGUAUCCAUUUCAGAAGUACUACUCUAUAGGGAAUUUUUGUUCAUUGUCAGAAAAUAUUAUAUAUACUAGCCCUGCUUUCAGCUAGAGGGCAAGGGUAUUGUGAUAAAGUGCAGCUUUGUAGCUAUGGCAUAUUGCCCGUGUGUGAGAGUGAGAUAUUAUCAUACAACUUCUAGGCCUAGCAUCUGUAUUUGCAAUAAAAUCUUCUUCUUCUUC